AAUUAUACAUCACAAUUUCAAUUUACCUUUUUGCAUCUCCAAACAAAAUUCCAAACUUUUAUUUCACACAAAAAGAAUAGGAGAGAGAAAUGAAGAAAGCCGGCACCGAGAAGAAGAAAGUCCGGCGAUCGGCAGCUGGGAAUUCGCAGGGUGGUGGUACCGAUACUCCACCUAGGGUUUUGCCUCUUUAUCUCUCCCCUAUCAAACAAGCUGCAGAGAAAGAUGCAUACUUGCUUUUUGCUGAAAAGGUGAGGGACCAUAAAGGUUUGGAGUCAAGGUGGGCAGUUUUACAGGAGACACGUGUUGAGUACUUCAGGGGGAAGGACUUCGUCACGUUUUUAAAAAAUCAUCCAGAAGUUAGAGAUUUACUUGGUUCUGAUAAAAGUUUAGAAGCUGAAGAUAUUGCUGAUACUUUGUUGAAGAAGAACCUUAUAGUAAGAUGUGACCGUGUUGUAAAGACUCUUAGGCCAGGCAAGAAGAAGCUGUCAACCUGGCCUGCACAUUUGGAGAUAUAUCCUGGUCAAACAUUUUCAGAUAAUGAUGCCUUUUUCGUAUGGACAUUCAUAAAGAGGCAUCCUUUAUGGCAGACACUUCUAUCAUUCUCUUGGCCUGUUUUGACAUUAGCAAUUUGCUUGUUUCCUGUGUAUCCUCACAAGGCUAAGCUUGUGGUACUCUACUCCUGUGCUGGAAUUCUUCUUCUUAUACUAUGCCUUCUGAUGUUGAGAGCCACAAUUUUUGGUGUUCUUUGGAUACUUCUUGGUAAACGUAUGUGGAUUUUCCCCAACAUUCUCGCGGAAGAAGCAACAUUAAGCGAGUUGUUUCGUUUUUGGCCGAAAAAGGAUGAAGAGGAUCCACCGAAAUGGACUUCAAGGCUCUUCUAUGCUGUUGUAUCUGUUGUGGUCAUAUUGCUUUUGAGACAUCAUGCUCCUGAUGAAGCUGCUCGAGCUAGGUACCAGAGGAGGGUUUCUAACAUUAUCGAUGAUGUCCUGGAAUGGUCUCCAAAACUGGCUCUCUCGGGAAUGAUGAAUCAACAAACUGAAGGCGUCAAUGUGACUAACUUUCAAAAUGAGUCUACUAGUGGCAGUGGAUCAGACUCCGACUUGCCACCACAUCCAGGAGGCGUAAAUGUUGAUUCAGGAGAUCUCCCUGAGGAUGAAAUGAUAGAAGACAUAGAGGAUACCGAUGGAGAACCCAAACAAAAUCAUGAAAGUUUAUGAUCCAUGUCAUGAAGGUGGUAUGAUCCUUAACUUACUAGACGUCUAGACACCACAAUUUUCUAAUUUUAUAAUUUUUGUUAAAAUUCUCUUUUUUUACGCUGUAAAACCAUGUAUUCGAACGUGUGAUAGAAGCUAGGUGAUUCAGAGCUUUGUUCUUUGUUACAACAUGAAAAUAGCUAUGGGUGUCCGGUUUUUAGUACUUUCAACUUUAACUAGUACAAGAUUGGUAUCUUAUAGCUAGUUUCAAGUUAUAUGAAAGCAGCAGUUAUUGGCAGAAAUUGCUUUAUUGGAGUCGUGUUAUAAUUAGCAAUUUGCUUAUAGUAUACUAUCUUUGUUCCAUUCCUAAGACUCUGAUCACAACUCCUAUGAGUGGGAUAUAUUGGAUCAAUGAUGAUGAUGAUGAUGCUAUAGCAUCUUUUGUUCCUUAUAUCUGGCUAAAUUUUAGAUUUUUGGAUCGCUCUAUGAAUUUUCUAAUAAACUGUGCUCUUGUAUUUUCUCUUUUGUUCUAA